AAUCGCUCAUCCGAAAGCAGAAGCAGCUAGCUAGCGACAUACUACUACAACAGCUACCUUCCACAGGAGCAGGAGGAGGAAGAAGAAGCGUCUACAGUCUACAUCGCGUAUGGGCAACUGCGCCGUGACGCACGAGGCCGUGUCGUGGGCCGACGACGGCGAGUGGGAGUCGCCGUCCGGCGGCGACGGCGACGGCGACGCGGGGAGGAAGGAGCACACGAUCAACGAGGUGACCAUCAGGAUCAGCAAGCGGCAGCUGCAGGAGCUCAUCGACAAGAGGGCCGACGACGGCGCCCACGGCCACUUCUGGAAGAGCGACCGGGGGUCGGCGUCGGAGCUUCUCGCCGACAUCAUGAACGCCGGGGAGGUGCACCACAGCGUCCAGCACUGCAGGGCGGCGCACUGGCGGCCCGCGCUGCAGAGCAUCCCGGAGACCGUCGAGUCAUGACGAUAGUGGCCGUGGCUUUUUCCAGCCGGGUUUUCUCGUCGAUCUCUUUCUUGGUUGCUUCAUUGCGGUGUCUUUUGCUAGUGCACAGCGUUUUGGUGGCAUUUUUUUUUGGUGUUAUUCUUUGGUUCCGAUCUAAAGUACAAUGUAAAUUACUAGGGAAAGAGCUGGUAGACGCGCUGGUGUAGAUUGUAAAGCAGGUGUUCUGUCCAUACUUUCUUUUUCUGUGUGGAACAAACUAGCAUUUCCAGUUCA